AUGCCUUUUUUACUUCAAUCUAAAAUAUCACCAAUAUCGACUGAAAAUAAUAAUUAUAUUUUUUUCUUUUAUUUUUUUAUUGGAUGUUAUAUUAUUUGUGUUAGUUUUCUUAUCUAUACACUCAUUCGACUUUUAAAAUAUUAUCUAAGACAAAGACAAAUUAAUUCAAUAUAUAAUGAAAUAAUCAAUCAUCCAUCACAAGCAACAACAGCAACGGCAGCAGUAGCAGUUCUUCUUAGAAAUCAUAAUAUUAAUGAACAAGAUGCUGUAGGUAUUAAAAAUGAAUUUGAAUUUUUUCAACCAUUAAUCAUACAAACAUAUGAUUUACCACCAAUUUAUAUGGAUACUAAUCAGAAUCCACCGCCACCAGACUAUAAAGAACAUUUAUAA